GCAGGCGCUAUGAACCGGACGAGGCCGCCUGUAAGACCUAUUAUGAGACGGUAUGCAGGAGCUUUAGAUAUGCCCAGCCAGAAAACUCAUUGCGGGCGGAAGCUGCGAAGAGUUCAGCUCAGAGUCGAGCGAGAAGAAAGAGGCUGCUGGAAUCGAGACAGUGUGCUAGCGGAUGACGAGGUGGAACUCUGGAAGUCUGCCACCGUAGACCUCAUGUCUGAUGAAGAUGGCGUUGUUGGCGGGGUCUCUGGAUGGAUUGUACGGCCGCCGUCAUUUGGUAGGCCGGAUCUCUCUGAACUCUGUGUGAAGCUGUAGUCCCGGUUAGAGGUGACGCCGAAGUACAGAGCCACGCACAGCAGGCGUCUGCACACCGGACCUCGGAAAGAAUACCGCCAGUUACCUACAACCCCGAGGAGGCAAACGGACAGUUUACGGAGUUGUAGUUUUUGGAUAAUCCUCUACCCAUGUGUGGGCAGAUCCUCGCGUUGUAUAUAGUUGUUUGUUUUAAUAAAGCUCUU